GCGAAGCCGAGCUGAGACAGUUGUGUUUGGACACCCAGUGACACGUCAUACAAAUAUACACUGCACUGCACUUCAGGAGACUUGCAGUACAAGUGGGAGGCUAAAAUAGUGGGAGAAAAGAUAAAGAGGUCCAGAGGAGACAGGCACAUGUGAGCUGAAGUCUGGGACUCAACAGCCAGUGAGACGACGAACCAUGGCCCAUCUCAAUGCAGAAGAGAGUCCCCGUCUCUUUCCCAAAAUGUCGAUGACCGAAGCGGAUGAGAAGGUCCGUUUGCUGGCUGAGAAGGUCUAUGCCUCUGCCAUCCAGCAGGAAGACAACAAGGAUGCCCUGGCGCUCUUCACUGUCCCGGAAGAUUGUCCCAUCGGUCUUCAUGAGGACAGGGAGCGAGCGCUGAAAAAAGAGAUGGCGGAACAAAUGUCUCAGGAGUCGGCCAAGAAGAAGAAGAGCUUCAUGCUGAAGCGGUCGCAGUCAGUGUCCCUGCAAAUUCCCUGCAGUGUGGACUGGGGCGCAUCCGUCUCUCCAUUGCUCACCCCCACGGCUGCUGAAUCUGUUUUUCCAGAGAGUUUUCCAGACUUCCAGAGAGUGACCAUCAGCGGAGACUACUGUGCUGGGAUUACAGUUGAGGAUUAUGAACAGGCAGCCAAGAGCCUCCUCAAAGCGUUGUUUAUCAGGGAGAAGUAUUCCAAGCUGGCAUACCAUCGCUUCCCCAGGACCAUUGCUCGGUUCUUACGUACAGCAGAGAACACCAAGUGGUGCGAGGAGGACGAGAUCUUGCCAGACAUCUGGCCUUGCCCGAAUGAAGGAGAGGACCCCUACUCCAUGGAGGGAAUCCCUGAGAACCUCAACUACGAACUGCAGAUGAAAGAGGGCAUCAUCCACGUGUACGACAGCGCUGAGGCCCUGGCACAAGAGAUGCCACACAGUCUGCCUUAUCCGGACUUCGAGACCUUCGCCAUCGACCUAAGCCACGUCCUGGCGAUGAUUGCUGACGGCCCCACGAAAACCUACUGUCACAGGCGUUUGAACUUCUUGGCGUCUAAGUUCUACCUCCAUGAAAUGUUGAAUGAAAUGGCAGAGUUGAAGGAGCUGAAAAGUGUUCCACAUCGAGACUUCUACAAUGUUAGGAAGGUGGACACCCACAUACAUGCUGCUGCCUGUAUGAACCAGAAGCACUUGCUAAAGUUUAUCAAGACCACAUACCAGACAGAGGCUGACCGUCCGGUCCUCGAGAAGAGUGGCCAGACGUAUACACUGAAGCAGGUCUUCAGUGACCUUCGGAUGGACCCCUACGACCUCACAGUCGACUCCUUGGAUGUUCACGCGGGGAGACAAACGUUUCAUCGGUUUGACAAGUUCAACUCCAAAUACAACCCUGUCGGAGCUAGUGAGCUACGAGAGAUUUACCUGAAAACCGACAACUUCAUUAAAGGAGAGUAUUUUGCCCGUCUCGUCAAGGAAGUGGCCAAGGAGCUGGAGGAAAGUAAAUAUCAACAUGCGGAACCUCGGCUGUCCAUUUAUGGCCGCUCUGCCAGCGAGUGGGACAGUCUGGCUACAUGGUUCAUCCAACACAAGGUCCACUCACCCAAUAUGAGGUGGAUGAUUCAAGUUCCCAGGAUCUAUGACAUUUUCAGGUCUAAGAAACUAAUUCCACACUUUGCCAAGAUGCUGCAGAACAUUUUCCUUCCUCUCUUUGAAGCAACUGUUAAUCCAAAGAAACAUCCAACUCUUCACGUGUUCCUAAAAUACGUGACUGGGUUCGACAGCGUCGAUGACGAGUCCAAACACAGCGACCACUUGUUCUCUUACAAAAGCCCCCGGCCCGAAUCAUGGGUGAAUGAUGAGAACCCUCCCUACACCUACUACCUCUUCUACAUGUAUGCCAACAUCAUGGUGCUCAACAACCUGCGCAAAGAGAGAGGGCUGAACACCUUCCAGUUCCGACCCCACUGCGGUGAAGCUGGCUCCAUCACUCAUCUGGUCGCAGCAUUCCUUACAGCAGAUAACAUCUCCCACGGCCUCAACCUGAAGAAGAGUCCAGUGCUGCAGUAUCUUUACUACCUGGCUCAGGUGCCGAUCGCCAUGUCGCCCCUCAGCAACAACAGCCUGUUCCUGGAGUACUCCAAGAACCCUCUCAGAGAGUUUCUCCAGAAGGGCCUGUGUGUGUCGCUCUCCACUGACGACCCCAUGCAGUUCCACUACACAAAGGAGGCACUGAUGGAGGAGUAUGCCAUCGCAGCUCAGCUGUGGAAGCUGAGCACCUGUGACUUGUGUGAAAUAGCAAGGAACAGUGUGCUGCAGAGCGGCCUGUCUCACCAGGAGAAGAAGCACUUCAUCGGUUCAAACUACCUCCAGGAUGGGCCUGAGGGCAAUGACAUUCAUCGCUCGAACGUGGCUCAGAUCAGAAUGUCGUACCGACAUGAAACACUGUGCAAUGAGCUCAGCUUUCUGGUGGAUGCAGUUAAAACAGAAGCCAAUGCCACGACUGAGUGACAGCCAGAACACUGCAGUUACAGCAAGCAGAAGGUGCUUCUUGUUGUUAUUGUUGUUUACUUUCACGCUUUACUAAUCUGUUACCAUGUAGUCCAGAGUUUCCCUCGAGUGACUUUUUUUAAAUUCUUUGUUGUAUUUAUCUGUUUUUUGCAUCUGUUUUGAUCUAAUAAAGGGGAGUCAGACGUCGAAGGAGCUCAGUGUG